CUCCCUCUCCUUCCUCCUCUCCUUAGGACCCCCGCCAUGCGCCUGGCCAGGGACUGUGCUCCUGCUUCUCCUCCUUCUCCUUCUCCGGGGAGCUGGAUGGCGCCCUGCCUCCGGCGUUGCUGCUGCUGCUGCUGCUGCAGAGGCCCCCCCCGCGGCUGCCGAUGGCCGGUGGGCGCCAGCGCCUUGGCCUUCUUUGUCCUGGGCUGGCUCUACAUCUUCCCCGGCUACCGGCUCCCGGACCAGGCGGCCAUCGUGCGCGGAGUGCGGCUCCAGCAGGGCGGCCAGCCCUGGAGCAGGAACCUCAGCGCCGGACUAGCCUUCAGGUCAGCCCCAGCCCCAAAAGAAGCCGCCUCCUCCUCCUCCUCCUCCGCGUGGCUGGCCUUCUCCUUGGGCUUUCUGGGCCAGGGUCUCCAGAAGGGGCUUCCGAGGCUGAGAGAGGGCCACUUGCCCCAAG